CGGUUUAUCUGCGCUGGUACGGUCGGAGUUUGCGGUGACGACGUCGUCUUCGCGUUAUCAUGCAGGAAAUUUUGCAAUUCUUAUUAGGCCUACUAAUACAUUUCGACAAUGCCUCUUUUAAGGAUGAAAUGUCACAUCAAGUUUGAUCCAGGUGGCAGAAUGAAACUUCAUGUGCCGAUAGUUUUUAUCUUGUGUCUUUUACAAUUCAGCGUUAGUGAAGUGGAGUGUUCCUCGGGCUCGGCAGCCGAUAGCGAAGAGAGAUGGCAACGACGCCAAGAGUUUCCCGAGAUUGAUGGACAGACAAAUCUUGGUACUGAUCUUGAUCAGCAGUUAAAGGCAAAUGAGAUUCCCAGGCAUUCUGAGAAACAGGCAAUAAAUAGUCUUUCAGUCCUAGUUAACCCAUUGAGAAAGCUACAUGUACCAACCAAGUCCUUGACUAAGGAACUUGCAGCUGAUGUACCUCUUCUAAAGUCUCAGGUUGUAGAAAAUCAGACAUCAAAGAAUGACCAUGUUGGUGAUGGGGAGAAAGGAUUGACUUUCAGGGGCAGAGAUAGUGAAUUAGACCCUUCAGUCGAAAACAAGCCGUCCAGUGUUCUCAAGGUAGACCUUCGGGAAGGAGAAACUCUGAGCUGGUCUCAUGAAUCUACAGGUUCAAUUUUGAAUGAUAAGACUGGUGAACAUAGACAUUUAAAAGUCAAAAGGCAAAUUAGUGAUGAGACUGAAAAUGCAGCAGGGAGUGCGAACGAAGACAUGGUUACUGAAAAACUUCCUACCCCAAUAUCUCAGGGUGAAAGCAUUGUUUCCAGUUCAGAUGCACCAAGUGUAAGAGACAGACAAACUGGUGGGGGCACAUUAACAGAAAGUUCAUCAAAGACUUCUGCAGCAGCUCAUACUACAACUCAGACCACAGAACCCUCUUCCAUAAGAACUGCAUCAACAGUACAAAAAGACAGUACCGCACAUCCUCCAAAGACUUCCUCUGCGACUCCACCAACAGUUCACCUUCAGCAGCCUCCCAAAAUUACAUCCCCUGAGAAAGAAGCCAGCGAGGCAGACACUUCGCCAUUGGUAGUGACAGAGGAGAGCCAAGUGACUGAUGCCCUGGCUGAAGAGAGUAAUGCUUCCUGUGAAGGUGCACAGUGCUAUGCAUCUCGCCUUCCCUAUCACUGGACCUCUGAUGCAUCUUGGGCGCUUGCGAGUAUGGUAUUUCUUCUGAGUGUACUCACAUUCUUUGUCCUGUACACUGGACUUUGGAAGAAACGAAAUCCAAUGAGUUUUCCUCUGGACAGCAGCGUGCCACCAAACCCAAACCCUAAAAUCACAAUAGCAGAACUACUGAAAACGAGACUAGCCUUGAUACCUAAACACCUUCGAAACAAACGCAAACGUCAGAUGCACAGGAAACGCAUGAAUGGCAGGAGAUACGAAGAGCUUCCACUUCACCUAUCAAAUGGCACCUGCAAUGAUGAGGAGCUAGGUUAUUUUGAAGAUGAUGAAGAGGAGGAUUUGUACUUGCAAGGCGGGCAUACCGUCUGACGACUCUUCCUUGCUUCAAAUUAUCCAUUUUGCAUUGGUACUGUACAGUAUGUUCAGGGAUACUAAUAUUUUCUUCAUGGUUAAGAGUAAAGAGGUUUUAAAGUGACAUUGGAUUGAAAUUACAGAAAGUUACUAUAAAUUUUUCUUGAAGUGUGUGUUAACACUUCUGAAGUACAAAUAAAGUCUUCACUUUGUAUCAUGCAUUCGUCUGCAAGUAUAAGAAAUAUACAUCAGAUUUGUACACUUUACGUGUAUGUAAGAUCAACCAAUCACCUGUGAUUUUCCUUUCUUUCUAAUGCAAUGAUUUCAAGAUUUUAUGAUUUUCAUUAAAAAGUAAUAUGUCCAAUGACCAAAGGGAUGUCAUUCUUUCAAAAAAGUAAAUUUUGAAAGAAAAAAUUCAUUAACCCUGUAAACACAAUUUCAAUUAUAGUACAGAUAAUGUUUCCUCUAGACCCCAAACCCGGUUUUAAAGGUACAUGUAUGCUACAUCACAUGUAGGAAUCUGUAGGUUGAAAGUCAGUAUAGGAAAGACAUUUCAUCAAACACAAAUAUUAUCUUAAAAUGCAAAUAAGGACCCUAUUAUACAAAGAGUUACAAUAGAUGAAACUCAAAUUGCGAUUGAUCUUAAUUUUGUGUACCAGGUAAUCAAACAGUUAACCUAGGUUUAACUGAAUACCGUAUUCAAUGUUAUGAGAAUACGGACUAAUUUAUCGAAGGAUCAUCAAAUGGAGUGUUCAAUUACUGUGCGUUAAUGAUUAAUUGAUCUAAAGACUUGACCUUUUUCAAUAGUCUUGUUGAUACAAUGAGCUCAUGUCAUGUGAUCUUUGUGCAGGUUAAGGGUUAUUAGUUAAUGUUAGAAAAUUUAGUCAACGUUUAAUGUCAGAUUUAAGUGAACGCAAAGUUUUAAAGACCAGCCACAUCAAAUUUGAUAACUUGUAAAAAAAUUUUGUUCUUGUGCUGCCAAUCGUUGAGGGAUGUGCUUUCUAAGAGUGAAUAGGGUGUCCAUGAUAAAUGAUUUUCAAAAGAUAAGUACAGCAUAAUAGCACUUUGUGAUAUCUUUCUGAGAGUGUUUUAAAGGGGGGGGGGGGGGGGACUGUGUGUGGUCUCUAAUGGACUGUGUGU